AUGUACACUCCUAACCGUCAUAAAGACGCUGCGAGUAUCGUUUCCCCGGUGCGACAGGCUGAAUUGUGCACAACCACCGACGCUUCCGAGAUUCCCCGGCGACUGCUAGGGUACUCUGGCCGUGGUGGCCAGCUCGGCCGGUCCAAGGUCAAGCCGGCCGAGGGAAAUUUCGAUCAGGUUUUGCGGCGUAGACAGUACGUGUGGUGA